AUGGAAACUUGGGAGAUCAUUUCUUUGGUGGUCUAUGGGGCAACCAUCCUUUUGGGAUUGCCCUCCAACAUCCUGGCCCUUUACAUCUUCUAUUGCCGUGCCCGGGUUCGCCUGACCCCCAACCUCAUCUAUAUGAUCAAUCUUUGCCUCUCUGACUUGGUCUUCAUCUUUUUCUUACCUCUCAAGAUGCUGGAAAAAGGGAAUGUAGACUGGACCAUGCCCGGCUUCCUAUGCCCUCUUUAUAAUUUGAUCCAUUUUGGCACAAUUUACACCAGUGCCUGCUUUCUAACGGCUGUGAGCGUGGGGCGCUUUUUGGGAGCUGUUUAUCCCAUCCAUUAUCAGGUUUACAAAAAGCCUCGCUAUUCCUGCCUGGUUUCUGUGGGCAUCUGGAGCUUGGUAGCAUCCCAUGGUGUCCUCCUCUUUGCUCUUGAGAUCUCCAGGGACACCAAUUCCAGCCUUUUUGCUGGUAACAGCUCUUCCUGCUAUCACAACUUCAGUGAAGACCAACUGGCUUUAUUGGGCCCUGUGAGGCUGGAGCUCUCUGUGGUCUUGUUCUUUCUCCCCUUGCUGAUCACAGCCUUUUGCUAUGUUGGAUGUAUCCGCGUCCUGGUUGGGUCGCAUCUCCACCUGCGGAAGAAACGCCGUGCAGUGCGGGUGGCGGUGGCCACUUUAUCUGUUUUUGUUCUCUGUUUUGGCCCUUACAACAUAUCCCAUGUUGUAGGGUUCAUCUAUGGGGAGGAUGUUUGGUGGCGCACCGUGGCUCUGCUUCCAAGUGCGUGCAAUGCUUUUCUGGACCCCCUCAUCUUCUACUUCCUCUCCUCUGCCAUGGAUGAUGGGAUUGUACAAGUUUGGCGCUCCCUGAGACAGAAAUGUAGCUCUAUCCGGAUGAAGAUUGUCUUGGCUCAUGGGAAAGCAAAGAGCCAACGGGGAGACAGUGGUAUUGCCUGAGGAACUGGGAAUUCUUCAUUUUCCACCAUGCCUUCUGUCCUGUAGCCUCUAAUCUAUGGGGCAAUGGGAUUGGACAGUCAGACUUUUACCAUUCAGAAAGGGAGUUUGGCUUCAUCCAUGAUGAAGAACAAAUAUGAGCUGUGCUGUACAUAUGCAGCAAAUAUCCUGUCUGACCAAACAAUAAAAUCAAGGAUUUAUAAGGGUGAGGUGUCAGCUACAGAAAUAUCACCUUAGGACUGUACCUUUCUUAUAUUUUGGGGUCACUUUACAUGGCAUGGAGAAGACAGCCGUGGAAUUCAGUAGGGGAGAUCAAAUCAAAGCGAAAGAUCUACCCCACACAAACUGGAAUCUUAUCUUGCAAACCAUUUGAUGAGAUUAGCGGCC